AUGUCAAUCGUACAAUCUUGUAAAGGCAAGGAUCAACUUCUUCUUGAUGGCUAUCGUUACCGUCAUACAAACAAAAGUUUAAUCAAUUGGCGAUGUGUAAAACAUAAUUGUAAUGGAAGUGCAAUGUUUGAUGGUGCGCAAUAUGUUAAAUUAAACGAUCAUAUCCAUCCACCCAAUCCUGAUGAAGUGAUAGCUGCUGAAUUCAAAUCGAAAAUCCAACAACGUGCAACAACGUCAUAUGAUCCACCUAGACGAAUUAUACAUGAAGCUUUGCUAAAUGUGCACAAAGAUGAUGCUCUUGCUUUGCCAAGUUAUGCAGCUUCACAACGUUUAAUUGGACGCAAGCGCAAGAAAAAUAACAUUUCACUUCCAAACCCAACAUGCUUUCAAGAUAUUGUUAUUCCAGAUCAAUUAAAGUUGACGAAUAGUGGCGAUAGAUUCUUACUCUAUGAUAAUGAAGACAACGAUUCCAGAAUAAUUAUAUUAUCCAGUGACGAUGAUUUAAAACGACUAUCACAAUGUGAUCACUGGCACGCUGAUGGAACGUUCAGGGCAUCUAAUCAAUUAAAAAAGGGCGCAUUAAUUAUUGUUCAAUAUAUUGAAUUUAGCAUUCCUAGUUGUCAUUGUAGUUCAAAUGAAUCAGUUAAUAUUGGUAAACAUCUUGUACCUGUUCUCAAGAUUUAUAUACUUAAUUUACAUACAUUACGUCUUUGGUGA